AUGGCAACCACGCCACAGGAUUUCCACCAUCCGUUUACCCCGUACGACAUUCAGCUCCAGUUCAUGCAGGCCCUAUACGGCUGCCUUGAAGACGGAAAAGUAGCCGUCUUUGAGUCCCCCACCGGCACUGGUAAAUCACUGAGCUUGAUCUGCGGAUCUCUCACAUGGCUACGGGAUCACAAGCGCAAGGCCUUUCAGGAGACCUUGGAUCAGGCAGCAUGUGACGAUGACGAGCCAGAUUGGAUGGUGGAAUUUGCCAAAAAGGAUUCACGCCGUGCCAUUGCCGAGAAAAGGCAAGAGUUUGAGGCGCGAUUGGCCAAGAUUAAACGGGAAGAAGAGCGAUUGAAGCAGGCAUCAGUGACGCAAAACCGGCCCCGUAAGAAACAGCGAUUGGAUGAACAGGAUUCGCAGUCAAGUCACGACGACGAGGAGCAAUUUGUCCUGGAUGACUAUGACAGCGAGUUGGAAGCCCAAAAAAAGCCAAGCGAGUCAGGAGGAGUCGAUGGCCUGUCUGCUAGCACUCUCGCUCUAUUAGAAAAGUUCAAGGGAAACUUUUCAACCAAGAAAAAGGACGAGGAUGAGGAAGAUGACACGGUCAAGAUCUUCUACUGUUCACGAACCCACUCCCAGCUCAGUCAAUUUGCGGGUGAACUGCGUCGAGUUACAUUCCCAUCGAGCAUUCCCCUUGACCCGGAAAAGGAUGGCAAGGAGGACGAUCUGUCGAAGCUGGAGGAAGCCGUGAAACACCUCUCGCUGGGCUCCAGAAAGAAUCUUUGCAUAAACCCCAAGGUCCGAGCGCUGGAGAACAGCACAGCGAUCAACGAGCGGUGCUUAGAUCUGCAACAAUCAGGCGUUGCUGCUGACAAGAAAUGCUCUUUUCUUCCUUCUAAGGAUGAUGACGCAUUGCUUCUUCAAUUUCGAGACCAUGCCUUGGCUACGGUGAAGGACAUUGAGGAUAUUGGGAAAGUAGGAAAGGAGAUCGGCAUCUGUCCCUACUAUGCGUCCCGCUCCGUCAUCAAACAUAGCGAGAUCGUGACUCUUCCAUAUCCACUACUUCUCCAGCGAUCAGCCCGCGAGGCCCUUAACUUGUCCGUCAAAGACCAUGUAGUCAUCAUCGACGAGGCGCACAAUCUGAUGGAUGCUAUUGCCGGUAUUCACUCAGUGACCGUUUCGCUCUCUCAACUGCAAACUGCAAUCACCCAAUUAACGACGUAUGCUCGCAAAUUCAAGAACCGUCUCAAGGGCAAGAAUCGAAACUACGUCGCUCAAGUGAUUAGACUAGUGAGCUCCAUCGCUCGCCACCUCCACGAAAUCUCCCAACAGAAGGGGCCUGCCGAAGGCUCUAUCCAGCCAUCCGAUCUCAUGGCUGGCAAGGGUGUGGAUCAGAUCAACCCGUACAAGCUCUCGCGGUAUCUGCAAGAGAGCAAGCUAGCCCGGAAAGUCGACGGGUAUGUCGAAUCAUCGCAAGAGCCGCAAGGCUCUCGGUCUAGGGAUAGGUCUACCGUGCCCGUUCUUUUCCAUAUUCAGAGUUUCCUGUUGCCUCUGAUGAACCCGUCAGAAGAAGGCAGGCUAUUCUUCCAAAAGGACAAGAAUGAUGUACAACUGAAAUACAUGCUUCUCGAUCCGACCAAUCACUUCCGUGAAAUUGUCGAGGAUGCCCGGGCCGUGAUCCUGGCGGGUGGUACUAUGUCGCCGAUGUCCGAUUACAUGAACCACCUAUUCUCCUACGUCCCACCCGAGCGACUUGGUACAUUCAGCUAUGGCCACGUCAUUCCUCAUACCAACCUGGUAGCACAAUCCCUCACAAAGGGACUCAUGGGCUCAGAUUUCGAUUUCACAUACGAAUCUCGUAACUCCGAGAAAAUGAUAACCGAUCUUGGAAGAACGAUAGCAACCCUCUGCCAGGUCAUCCCAGGCGGUGUUGUCGCAUUCUUCCCCAGCUACGACUACCUAAGCCAAGUAGUCAGCGUAUGGCAAAAACCCAUACCCAACGGCAACGGAUCCACAAUCCUAAGCCUAAUAUCCAACAAAAAGAAAAUCCUUUACGAAUUCCGCGACUCGAGCACAUCCACAGACACUCUCCUCCAGGAAUACACCUCCGCAGUCUCAACCGGCCAAGGCGCCCUCCUCCUCUCCGUGGUAGGCGGCAAACUCUCCGAAGGAAUCAACUUCUCCGACGAACUGGGACGCGGCGUCUUCAUCAUCGGACUACCAUUCCCCAACAUACGCAGCGCAGUCUGGCAAGCGAAAAUCAAGUACAUUGAAGAAAAGACGCAUAAGCAGCACUCGGGCACGGAGGCGGAGAAGAAAGCUAGUGCAGCUGCGGCUGGGCGGGACUUUUAUGAGAAUGCAUGCAUGAGAGCUGUUAACCAGUGUAUCGGGCGGGCUAUUCGGCAUGUUAAUGAUUAUGCGGCUAUCGUGAUGAUUGAUCGGCGGUAUGAGACGCCGAGGAUUCAGGCUAAGCUGCCUGGGUGGAUUAGGGGGAGUUUGGUUGCGAGUCCGAGUGUGAGGCCGGCGCAGGCCACUGUCCAGCGGUUGACGAAGUUUUUCGCUGAGAAGGCAGGAUAA